AUGAAACUCUUAUCGGAGAUGGCUACGUGUGAAUCACACGGACAAAAUUCGUCGUAUUUCCUAGGGUGGCAAGAGUACGAGAAAAACCCGUACGAUGAAAUUCAGAAUCCAAAAGGAAUAAUACAAAUGGGUCUCGCAGAAAAUCAGCUUUCUUUCGAUUUAUUGGAGUCUUGGCUUGCCCAAAACCCAGACGCAGCUGGAUUUAAGAGAAAUGGAGAGUCUAUAUUUAGAGAACUUGCUUUAUUUCAAGAUUACCAUGGCCUUCCUGACUUCAAAAAUGCAUUGGUUCAAUUUAUGUCUGAAAUUAGAGGAAAUAAAGUUACCUUUAAUCCAAACAAGCUUGUCCUUACGGCCGGCGCUACUUCCGCAAAUGAGACGCUCAUGUUUUGCCUCGCCAACCCGGGCGACGCUUUUCUCCUUCCUACCCCUUACUACCCCGGAUUUGAUCGAGACUUAAAAUGGAGGACCGGGGCUGAAAUAGUUCCAAUACAAUGUACAAGUUCAAAUGGUUUUCGAAUUACACAAUCCGCUCUUGAAGAAUCUUAUAAAUUAGCGAAAACUCGCAACCUUAGAGUUAAAGGGGUGCUAGUGACUAACCCAUCGAACCCAUUGGGCACGGCAUUAACACGUAACGAACUCGAGCUACUUGUUAGCUUCGUUGCGGAAAAGGGGAUUCAUCUUAUUAGCGAUGAAAUAUAUUCAGGCACGGUUUUUAACUCGCCUAAAUUCGUUAGUGUUAUGGAAGUAUUAAUCGAAAAUAAUUACAUGUAUACUGAAGUUUGGGACCGAGUUCAUAUUGUCUAUAGCCUUUCGAAAGAUUUAGGCCUUCCCGGUUUCCGAAUCGGGGCGAUUUACACGAACGACGAGGUUAUUGUCUCCGCGGCUACAAAAAUGUCGAGUUUUGGGUUAAUUUCUUCGCAAACUCAAUAUCUUUUAUCGGCUAUGUUAGCCGAUAAAAAGUUUACGAAGAAAUACAUCUCCGAAAAUCAAAAGAGGCUCAAGAAAAGACAUGCAAUGUUAGUGAAAGGACUUGAGAGUACUGGAAUUAGUUGUCUUGAGAGCAAUGCCGGUUUAUUUUGUUGGGUAGAUAUGAGACAUUUAUUAAAGACCAAUACAUUUGAGGCAGAAAUUGAGCUAUGGAAGAAAAUAGUUUAUGAAGUUAAGCUUAAUAUUUCGCCCGGAUCGUCAUGCCAUUGUACUGAACCGGGUUGGUUUCGUGCAUGUUUUGCGAACAUGUCAGAAGAUACAUUGAAUCUCGCGAUUCAACGUAUUAAAAUUUUUGUUGAUUCCUCUGAUGUGAUUGGUACCAAUAUUGACCAAAGUAAUCAGACUAAUCAGAAUACAAGUACAAGUCUAAAGAAGAAGUUAUUUGCCAAGUGGGGUUUUCGGCUAUCAUUCAACGACAGAGAACGAUAG